UCCACGACUACUUUUUACUCGCUCUUCCAUAAAUAAUUAUUGUCAGCAACGAACAAUGCUACAAAGCAGCUACAGCGAGAAUGGAGAAUGGCCUGAACGAAUAUCGGAGACAUGGAUGGGCCACCUUCUUGGUUCUUCUUUUCAUUGCUGUUUAUGCGUAUGCGAACGAGAAAUGCCACGAGGCAAUGAAGACGCGUUUUGGUGUCGCACCUAAAAUGCAAACCAUGUUCAUGCGGCCAGUGAACGAAGUCGCUUCUUUACCGCAGUGGAUAUACAUACAACUGCCAUGUUGUCAUUUCACACUAAGCAAAGUCAACGGCGAAGAUGGCCCCAAUUGGGUCCUUAAAAAAACGUGGUCAUUGACAUUGUCUGCGUCUGGCUCCCCGAUCGAUUGGUACGCGCGCGGCCUGAAACAGGCAUCUUGUUCUCGGCACAAUACGUCAGAGAUGACCUUAGAGGAUCUUCCUCCCAAAUAUAGGAGGCUAGUCCAAGCUUCUCUCCUGCAUUCGAAUGUAUCUUUGAGGAAAGACUAUGAUCGGCGAUUGAUAGUCUCCUCUCCUCCCCGCAAUCUCCGUCCCUCCUCUAAUGUUGUUGCUGCUCCCCCGCUCUUGCACAACCUCUCUUUUAUGACAGUCAUCUCCGCCAGAAAAGCACGAGCGACGAUUGCUCACCUUAGAGAUCUAGCCUAUCAGAAUACAGACUGCGAUCCCAGCGAUGGUGCUUAUCUCGAGACUCUUCAUAUGAAAGCACCACGCAGAAAACAAUCAGAUGCGAUGACAAUGGGCUAAUAACGAUAAGGAAACAUUCUUCUUCCCCUUGCUUUUGCUGACUCUUUCUUCGCUUCUUUCCAUCUUUCUUCCCCGCAUCUCUUCUUUCUUCUCCC